AUAAAGUAUAGUAUUAUUUCUGCGUUUUGUUUCACCUUUUCCCGUUUUCCAUGGAUCGUAGUUGUGGUUUCAGCAUGUUUCAUUUUCAUGUUUUCAUCCCUUUCGUGAGUCCAUAGCGCAUCGACAAAAUAUCAAUAUUCACAUUAUUGAUUAAUUAAUAUGAAGAGACCUCAACCUCCUUUCUCAUUUAUAUCUAAGAUUUGGUACAAAAUUAAUCUGAUGUGAAAAUUUUUCAAAGGUUAAAGUAAAGGGGGUGCAUAUUUAACCUGUUGAGUUAGUUUCAAAUAGUAUCGCAGAAAAGAUAACAAAAUGGUCGAAGAAAGAAUAAAAAUGCGGAAGCAGUUAGGGUUGCUAGAAGGGGUCGCUAUUAUACUGGGAAUAAUCUUCGGAAGUGGGAUUUUCAUAUCUCCAAAAGAAGUCUUAGAAAAAACUGGUUCUGUAUGGAGUGCUUUGAUUGUGUGGGCAGCUUGCGGUGUACUCGCCACUCUUGGUGCUAUGUCGUAUGCUGAACUUGGAACUACUCUCGCUCAAAGUGGAGGAGAUUAUCAUUACAUUAAUGAAGCAUAUGGUCCAUUACCAGCCUUCUUAUAUCUAUGGGAUGCUAAUUUUGUCUUUGUACCAAGCACUAAUGCAAUUAUGGCUUUGACAUUCACAAACAACGUUGUGGAGCCACUAUUUCCUAACUGCCCAGUAAAUCACAUCAGUCGGAAAUUAAUUGCAGCAUCUACUAUAUGUAUUCUAACAUUCAUAAAUGCUUAUGACAUUAAGUUCACAACAAGGAUACAAAACGUGUUUAUGUUUACGAAGAUUAUGGCUUUGGUUAUUAUAAUUAUUGGUGGCAUUGUGUGGAUAUUGAGAGGUGGCACAGAGCAUUUUGAAAAUGGAUGGGAAGGCACAAAGACUUCAGCUGCUGAGUGGUCUGUGGCAUUCUAUUCGGGAAUAUUCUCUUAUUCAGGAUGGAGUUACUUGAACUUUAUGACAGAAGAAUUGAGAGAUCCAUACGUCAAUCUUCCGCGCGCCAUAUAUAUAUCGUUGCCACUGGUCACUGUUAUAUACCUGCUUGCUAAUAUGUCAUAUCUCGCUGUACUGGGACCAGUCGGGGUGACAUCAACGGAGGCCAUUGCUGUGGAUUUCGCGGAUCACGCCCUGGGUUGGUUUAAGUGGGCCAUGCCGACGCUAGUAGCCGUCGCGAUCCUCGGCGGGCUCUCUGUGCACAUAAUGACAUCAUCGCGCAUGUGCUUCGCUGGAGCCAGGAACGGACACAUGCCGGAACUUCUCGCCCACAUCAACGUAAAGUGCAUGUCGCCGAUGCCUUCGCUCGUGUUCUUGAUGCUGAUGUCGUUAUUAAUGUUGAUUCCGAAUAAUCUGACAUCUUUGAUAACGUACUGCACGGUCGUCGAGUCUUUCUUCACCACGUUGAGCUGCAGCGCUGUACUUUGGCUGAGAUACAAGAGACCAGAAUUACAUAGACCUAUACAGGUUCAACUUUGGAUACCGGUGUUGUUUGUGGUGAUCAGUACCAUGCUGCUCGUGGUGCCUGUGAUCAGCGAGCCAUUCGCCGUGCUGGCCGGUGCCGGUAUGACCCUGGCCGGAGUACCGGUGUACUUGUGCCUGGUCCGAACAACGCCAAGUCCAAUCAAGAGAUUGUCUGUGAGAUUCACGUAUUUUUGCCAGAAGAUAUUCCUGUGCGUCGUCGAAGACAAGGAAGAAUGAACCUUAUGAGACACACAAUAGAAAUACGUUUCGAUUCUGAUCUGAACGAAAUUUUGAAUCUCUUUGUUUAGAAUAUAAUCACUUGGUGUGCAUUUUAUUUAGCGCUUAGUUUCAUCAUUGUGCUUUUGUGUCGGCGAUUAGGCCAAUAUACUAGGCUUUUCUGUAAACUUAUAAGCUUGAAAUAAGGACGGAAGCGACUUGUUUUAAAGAAAUACACGAAUUCUGUCAGAGGGAAAGAGACAGAAACAAAGUUGUUGCCCCUCUCUAUUAGAAUGUAACUGUUUUCACCAAAUAUAAAUAAUAAUUUCAUAGUGGUAAGUUAUAAAUGACACGAGAAAGUUCUCAUAAGUCGUUUUCGUUCUAGUUUUAUUGUAUUAUUUAUUAUAUAUUAUAGAUUGUCUGUGUGCGUUGUUGUUAAUUCGUGUUAUAAUACAGUAAUCAAAUGAUAUCUCGAAAAUAAAGUUUAAAAAACACUUUAAUAUGGUCUUAAAUAUACGAGACUUGCCGCACGGUUUCAACAAACUCAAAGAUAAAAUUAGUUUACAAUAUCAAUAAUAUACUCAAAUAAAGAGGCACAGGUUACACGGUCAUAAUGAGAAAAUUUGCAAAUAUACUAUUUCUUACUAACGUAAUAUUGUUCCUUAAGGCCUAACGAAAGGUACUAGUUAAUGGUGAUACGGUUUGCAAACGUAAUAUUUUUUUUUAUUUGAUCUACCCAAAAAAAAGAUUAAAAUAUAUAACGCUAAUUAUUUUUUCUACUCGUGCUCCCUCCAUUGUACCUUAAUUGCAAUUGGCGUUACAAUUCAAUCGGAUUUCAGAGUCACACUAAGAAUGUACUAAAGUAAAAACACAAUUAGGGUUUUAAAUACACUAAACAAGACCCAGUAUAAGAGAUAAAGUUUGUUUAACGUCACAUUGGGCGUCUUGAGUGAACAUCGCAUUAAAUACUUUUUGGAGUUAUUACGUUUUAUUUUUUGAACGGUGUGACGAAUGUUAUAGGAAGAUAUCGGAGCAUAUAGGUAGGCAAUAGCGUGCAGACUGACUUGCGACAAAAUGCUUGAAUCGCGCUUAUCCUAAAUUAGUGCUUGUGUUUGUGCCCGGUAGCUAAAUAAAAGCGGAUCACGUCACGCGAACACCGCUUCAUGUAAAAAAAAUAUCUUUUUAAAUAAAUGCAAGGUCCCUCCUAUAAAUACGGCUUACAGAAGCUUUUAUGUUCCUUUGCGGUAUAUAUUCAAAACGUAUUUUGCUUUUGUUUUGAUCUGUUGCGUGGGGUUGCCAACGUUGAUUAGAAAAAUAAAAUUCUCGGCUUAUUUUAAACUAUUUAGUAGUUAUUAUUUACCGAAAUGUAAAUUAUGGUUGACUAAUUCGAACUUUACGUGCUAAUAGGGCUUCUUAUUUAUUUGUAUUUGUACAAGGAAUUUGUUAUGAGAAAAGAAUUUAAACGUUUUAUUAUAAUAAUCUCUAAAAAAAGUAGAUUCUAUAAAAGUGAAAAUAAGGACCGACCAUACAUUUUAUUUAGUGAUACAUUUGUUUGUUUCGCUAAUACUUCAUUAGGGGACCUGAAAUGAUGGAUUUUAUACCAUAAACAUAAUAAUAUAAGUAAGUUGGCAACCCUUUUAGUGUAGUGUAUUCAAGAACGCAUUUCGGUAAAUGCUUGAAUUUAAUUUUAUUACACCUAGGUAGAAGAACUAAUGUAAUAUUGUCCCUCUGGUUCGCACUCUUUACAAUGCGAACCGCAACAGAGGUGUAUAAUGGCGAUACCAUUUGUAGUCCCAUAUAUAGUAUUUGUAGUCCCGUAAUACGCACAAGUAUUAUAAACAAAGUAAGUCGGUGCUCGGUCGUUGUGAAGUCACAAGAUGAAUAAAGUACGUAUUAUUUUUAUGUAUAGAAAAAACGUCAUUAAAUUUUUUUUUUUUUUUAGCAAUUUGACAACUGACUGGAAUCUUACAGUUAUAAAGCGUUGUUCUAAUUUGUGAAUUAAAAACGAAUGACCGGCGAAACGAAGUGCCAUAAUAAUAAUAUAUUAUACGGAAUUUGUAAUGUCACAUUUUAAAAUGUAAGUUUAUAAUAAUUCAUUUCAAUGAAGACGCGUGUGAUAAAUUAACAAAAGGGUAAGAGUUAAUUAAGAAUUUGUAAGGUACGUUCGUCCUUCACACUUUGAACUGAGUAAGCUACAUAAGAUCCCGUGUUCGAAUUGCAAAUGCUUUAAUAAUGUUCAUAGGUACUGCACACGGUUUGGCAAAUAAUCUUAGAAAUAACGGCGAAACCAUCUAAUUCUAUCCAGCCUUUUGAGCCUUUUAAGAUUUUAAGACAUAAAUGACGUUACACAAUAUAUGUUUACAGAUUAGUGUAUUUUGUUUAAUGAAAAGCAAAAUAUAAUUACAUACACUGAUUGAACUGAUCAAUGAAAAUAGUAUUGAAAUAUAUUCAGACUAUAAGUAUUUUAACAGAGCAGAGAUCGGAUUUUAUGAACGAAUUACGCCUAUGUUCCUGGACAUCGCGCAUUUUAGAAUACAUUUAUUAAAACUUAAAAAAAGAAUAUUAAAAUUAAAUUCGCCUUCAUGAUGCAACCGCUAUAUUUAAUACUAUAAAUCUAAUCUAAACCAUUAGUAUUGGCGCAUAUUUUCCCACUAAAUCCCCCACAGAAGAAUCAUUAUAAUUCUUUUUUAAAUAUCAAGAAUCUGGUGUUGACAGUCAGUAAAACGUUGCCAACAUUAAAAAAAUAAGUCUUAGUUUGCCAAACUGUGUGUGUUAAGGUUGUGUGAAUAUUUAUACAUAACGUUUUUAUCUUUACCUAGUUCGUUGUUUUUAUUAAAACAAUUUGUUUAUCUUGUUGUUGGUUAAGUUUUUAAUUUGAUUGAUUCCUAUUUUAAUAUUUGAUCUAUGUUAUUAGUAUUUUUGUUCAACAGAUUUGGAACGUUUUUAUAUAUCUAAUCUAAUUGUGAGCUUAUUUAAUCUCAAAAUGUAUAAGGCUUAAUUCGGAAGAAAACUUGCCUACGUGUAACUUAAAAAUAUAAACAUGUACUUAAUUUUUAUAAAUAAUAUAUACAUAUGUAUUUAUUACUGUCUUGAAGACUUAUUUAAGUAUAUAUAUAUAAUAUAUAUUUCUAAAAUAUGUAUUAUUUAUUAAUAAAGUUGUAUUUUGAUAUAAUAUUACGAGAAAAUCUCGGUUUUAAUAUUGAAUUUAUCAAGCAAUGUGUGGUUUACAUAAAUAACUAUUACAUUUGAAAUGAACUCUUGGACCAGCGGUUUCUCAAUCUGCGGGUUCGAGAUUCGAUACGUUUCAAUUUGCUUUAAUUUUUUCUAAAGUCUAAUAUUAUUAAAGUUAAUGUAAACCUUCAUGAGUGCUUUCGAUUGUUAGUCAAACUCUAUAUCCUUCCUGUGGUUACAGGUUUGUAGAUCGGUAUGACAAAGUCGAAAAUGUAAGCGUAUUUAUUUUUAAUAUGGUUAUUGGAUGGAAUUUUUGAUAUGGUUAUUACAUAUAAUUCGAAUUGAAAACGUAUCAUUUUUUAAACAAAAAUAAUGUUUACAUAAAUAAAUUAAUACAUACGGUAUGUAACAAAAACGAUGUCCAGAACAGCUCUGAAACAAAAUGUAAUAUAUUCGACUCGUUUAAGCUCAUAAUUAAUGUAUCUGAUAGCAGUCAAAAGACCUGUUAUGUCUGUGCAUAGUGGGAAGAUCUCGCUAUCCUAUGCCCGCGUACUAAUGCGUGCUUCCUUUUUUAUUAACUACCCCGGUAACCAGAUGUAAUAGUUUCUGUUAUUCCUGAUCUCUCGAUCUAUUAUUAUUAGAGACUGCAAUUAAAAGCAUAAAAAGAAAAAAAACAAUUAUUACGAAAAUAUGAAUUUUUAUUAAUUUUAGCUUUUCACCGGUCUGUCAUACGUGGCCCUGAGUUGAAUCAAUAGUCGUGAAUAGUCGGCGGUCCGGGCAUAGUUUUUGUUAGAUCUUGUCUAAAUACUGUAUCAGGGAAACGAAUUUAUUUUUUGAAUAUAUAUUUUGUAUAUUCUCUUCUCUUAAUCUAUUUUGUAAGGAUCGAAAAGGGAUGUAGUGAAGUUAAGGUUGUUCGUAAAAUGUUGACUUUAUAGUUAUCUUUUACUUAUUGAAAUAUCGUAGACGAUUAAUAUACCGGUGGCCAUAUACUUACAUAUGAUGUACUUAAAGAAUCUUCGAUAGAGAAUAUUCAAUUGCAAAUUUGACUUUGUUAUAAGUGUAUUUUUUUUAUAUAAUUUUAAUUUAUAUACUUGCCAACUAUCUCGGCGUGAAGUAAUCCAAUUGUACUUUUACUACUGUCUUCCAAAAUAAUGUUUUUAUCAAUUAUUAUUUUUAAUAUGAAAUUAACGCUGCUGUUGUCUCAUGGUGUGUAGCGAGCGACUCGGGACGCAGAUACGUUGACGCCGGCUCCACACGUUGGCCCCAACAUAGGCUCCAACGCCACUCGCCCAACGUGUGCAUCUAGAAAAUAGCGUUGGAGCAAAUGUUGGUAGUUGGCCGUCGAGUGUGGGUGUUCGCGAUCUGUCCACAUGUUGGGGCUUUGCUCAGUCCUGUUGCAAUACGCGUCAAGUGUGCAUGUCGCGAUGUCUUCAUCAACAAACUCGCCACCCGCAUCAUCUCCUUUGACGCGGCUUUUUCUUUUUUUUUUUCAAUAACAAAUAUAAAUUAUACGCACUCGGUACUGUAAAAGCGCUUAGAGCAAAUUAAAUUUCGGUAUCGCACAUCUUUACGUUAGCUCUGACGGAAAGGAACUAGUAUAACAGCCAAGGUGUGGACACUUCAGCAAUUUAACCGCUCAACGUUUGUAGCAACGUCGAGGCCAACAUGUGUAGCAACGUUGAGGCCAACGUGUGUAGCCGGUGUGAGACGUUGUUGGGAGUCUCGUGCACUCAAGGGUGUCUUGGGUACUCAGGAGCCGGAUCUUCUCAGUGGAUCGCGUUUCCGAUCUGGUGGUAGAUUCUGCGAAGCACUGCUCUUGCUAGGGCCAGUUAGCAACACCUUCCGGUUUGAACCCCGUGAGCUCACCUACUAGUUCGGUGAAUCUAGAAUAACCCCUCAAGGUUACUAGAAUAGAUACAAAAAAAAAAUAAUGUUACUCAGGCUCGGCACCCUGUCAACAUUGUUAAUAUCACUGACGAUGAUUUUUUGUACCCAGUGGCUCCUAUUGCUGUUUAUCGAUAUUUUUUUAAUAUCACUUGAAUUAUAUAAUGUAGGGGAAAUAAAAUUUCAAAAGUAGCCAAAUAUAUACAAACGGCGAAACUAUUUUGUGUAUUAUUACAUGAAAGAUAUGAAUUUGGAUAAAUAAUCCUAACUCGUAUAGUGCGAUCUGAGUGCACUAAAAUUGUGCAUUAGACGCAUUAGUAGACGUGUUAUAGUAAACUGUAGAUUUAUGAUAUUAAAAAUGUUUUUCAAGUCUUCUAUGAUAAUCUCUGAAUUAUUCAUGUCUAAUUCUAUGAUAACUGAUAAUUUUUGUGCCAAAUAACAUUUAAACUUAACAUUAUAAAUUAUUAUGUAAUGAAUGUCGUGUUUUACUUAAUUAAUAUUCAAUAAACUAAGUGUGAAAUACAA